AUGGCUGAGGAUGUGCCGGCCUCCCCAUCCGGCGGCGCGGGCACCCGGGGCCUGCACAGCGACAUCAUCCAGUGGUUGGUUGACAACUUCUGUAUCUGUGAAGGGUACAGUGUGCCUCGAUGCCUGAUAUAUGAGAUUUAUGUGGAGACCUGUGGUCAAAAUGCUCAGCAGCAAGUCAACCCAGCCACCUUUGGGAAGUGUGAAAAUCAUUCACCAAUAAGGACAGACCCAAUUGGAUCCCCUUUGUCUGAAUUCAGGAGAUGUCCAUUCUGGGAACAAGAACUGGCAAAGAAGUAUUCCUACAAAAUGAUGGCCUUUCUUGCCGAUGAAUACUACAACUAUUGCCAAGAUAUUUUACAGAACGUGGAGGACUUGCUCACUUCCUUCUGGAAAUCUCUGCAGCAAGACACAGUCAUGCUUAUGACAUUGCCCGAUGUGUGCCAGCUCUUUAAAUGCUACGACGUGCAGCUGUACAAGGGAAUUGAGGAUGUUCUCCUUCAUGACUUUUUGGAAGAUUUUUCUAUCCAGUACCUGAAGUCUGUCCGGUUAUUCAGUAAGAAAUUUAAGCUGUGGCUACUUAAUGCUUUGGAACGUUUUCCAGCCAUUGUACAGAUCUCCAAAGUAAAAGAAGUUACCGUAUUUGUCAAAAGACUAAGAAGGAAGACAUACCUUUCCAACAUGGCAAAGACUAUGAGAACGGUGUUGAAAAAUAACAGGAGAGUCAAUGUUUUGAAGUCAGAGCUACAUGCGAUCAUCAAUCGAGGCGCUUUGGACACCUCUAAGAAAGCCCUGCCGAGUCACCCAAGUAGCGCCGGUGACCUGGAGACACACACGGAGUGGAAAUGUUUAAGCAGUUUGAUUGCUUUGCUGGGAACAUCUACAGAUCUCAGCAUAUUCCUGAAUUGUCUGUCUUCAAAUCUCCAAACAUUUGUCUUCCAGCCAAGCAGAAGCAAAGAAGAGUUUAUCAGAUUGGCUGCCAGCUUCCAGCUGAGAUGGAAUUUCCUUCUCACUGCCGUGAGCAGAGCCAUGACCCUCUGCCACAGAGAUAGUUUUGGCUCCUGGCAUCUGUUUCAUUUGCUGCUUUUGGAAUUUGUGGCUCAUCUACUUCAGUCAUGCAUAGAAGAGGAAGAGGAGGACGACGACGUGGGAAAUCUCAAGGAAAUGCUACCAGAUGACCAGUCUCUUGUCCAGCCAGACCAGGCGCCUUUCCACCCUCCAGAUUCUUCACCAACUCAGGAGUAUGAAGGCCCAAGUGUGGAUUCGCACAGGGUGACCCUGAAACAUAUGGGCCAGAGCCGAUGCCCCAUGGGUGUGAGCAGUGUGGUUCUCAGGGUCCUGGGCUUCCUGGUGGACGCUGACACCGGCAAUAAGCUCAUCCAGGUAUUAUUGGAGGACAAGGCCGCGGAAACCACGGUCAAACUCAGCCUUCCUGUGGGACAAGAAGCCCUUGUAACCCUCAAAGAUGGACAAAAAUUUGUAAUUCACAUAUCAGAUGUACCCCAAAGCUCUGAAAAUAUUUUUUUUCAGGGAAAGCAAUGCUAGUAUAUAAAAUUAUU